CUAUCAUGCAUCAAUUCAAAGUGUACCCCCGCUGGCGGCCGCUCUCCCCCGGCGAGGCAACAACACCAGAGAUCCAGCGCACCCAUAAUCAACACGACAGUGGCCGAGUGUCUACAUCACUCACUCCUGCUUCACGGUCUUUGACUGAGCGACCGUGGAAAAGCGUGGCCGCAUUCACCCGGGUGUUCGAAGCAAACGACAACAACAAAGUAGUUUUCGAAGCGGCAGUCGCACCAACUCUUCCACACGUCCUGGACGGACGAUCAUGCAAUUUCUUUGCCUACGGCCACUCGGGGAGUGGGAAAUCACAUACAAUUAUCGGAUACGACUUUGAGAAUUCCGAUGAAUUUGGUCUUUGCUUAGCUGCCGCUCGGCAUCUCAGCGAUGCACUCACUGAUCUCAACCGUGACAUCAGCAACCCUGCCGAAGAACUCGGCAUUGGAAUUCGCGUGUUUGAAUUGCGCAAGAAUGUAGCAUUCGAUCUGCUCAAUAAGCGCUGCCAAUGCUACGUCCGGGAAGGGUCUGAUGGGAAAACUCAUAUCCGCGGCGAAACAGAAGUCCUCGAAAAGGGCAAGGUCCGAGUCCGUCCAAUUGUCACGAAGCCCUGUUGGAGCUUUGAUGAGUUACGUCAGGAGCUCCUGGCGGGGCUGAAGCUGAGAGCGACCGGAACGUCAACGAUCCAUGACCAGAGCUCACGGACACAUGCCGUUUUGGAACUGGAGAUUGUAACGAGAGCACUUCUGGAGGCUCGCGAUGCAGUCAUCGACCGGCAAUCCGAACUAGUCCCGGUAGGAAAGCGCGCGACGGAUAUCUACAUUGAAGAGAAUUCAAAGGGGUUCAUUCAAACCCCGGAGGGCAAAUAUGUCCCAAACCCAGACUACCAGAUUGACCAGGCCCGAAUUGAUGCCGCCGAGGCCAAGAAAGCCGAAUUCGAGUCCUAUGUGCAGCAAGCUGAGGAUAGGGUCCGACAUGUGUUUGAAUCAUGCGGUCGUGCAUGCCUUGGUGGGAAGUUAGUGUUUGUCGACCUGGCUGGAUCAGAAUACUAUCAUGAUAAAACGACUUCGGCUGUGCCUCGACCAAAACAGACACCUCAGGAGCAACAAGAAGGCAGGCAGAUCAACACUGACCUUCUCGCAUUGAAAGAGGUCGUCCGAGCACGAGCUCUCAAACAAGCACGUAUUCCCUUUAGAUCUUCCCCCUUGACUAUGGUUCUGCGCGACCAUUUCCUGGGCUCGAACUCGAGCGAUAGUUAUUCUGCCAUGAUCCUCACGGUCUCGCCAUCCUCGGAUCAAUUUGCCGCCACUAUGAAUACACUGAAGUACGGAAAUCUCGUGGGGGUAGCCAGCGGAGAGAAUAAGAGGACCGUGCGAAAAUAAUAGAAAGGCAAAGGCCAAAC